AUGUCUAAUAUGGCAAGAUCGGGAACAGCUGAGCUUCGCACACCAGUUUUCAACGGAGAAAACUAUGAGUUUUGGAGCAUUAGGAUGAAAACCAUUCUGAAAUCUCAUGGAUUGUGGGAUCUGGUCGAGAAUGGGUUCAAUGAUUCAGAUCUGAAGAAGGAGAAAGAGGAGGCUACGGAUACUGAGAAGUCCAUGAUGGCCCAGAUUUUGAUGAAGGAUGCUCGCGCACUUGGAUUGAUUCAAAGUGUUGUCUCAGAUCAGCUAUUCCCCAGAAUUGUGAACGAGGAGACCUCAAAUGGUGCUUGGCAUAUUCUUAAGCAGGAGUUCAGAGGCGAUAAACAAGUAAGGAAUGUUAAGUUGCAAGGGUUGCGUAGAGAAUUUGAAUAUACUCGUAUGAAGGAUAGUGAAUCUUUAUCUGUAUAUCUUGUUAGAUUGUUUGAUAUGUUGAAUCAAAUGAAGAGUUAUGGUGAGGAAUUACCUAGAGAGAGAGUUGUGCAUAAAUUGUUGUUUAGUCUGCCGAAAACAUAUGAUUCCAUUUGCUCUGUGAUUGAACACUCUAAGGAUCUUGAAACUCUGGAAGUUCAAGAGGUGGUUGCCUCUUUGAAGAGCUUUGAGCUCAGGUUGGAUCGCCAUACUGAGAAUUCUACAUAA